CUCCUCUUGAUGUCCUGGUCUUGCCUUCCCAUCACUGCCUCCGCCGACUGAUUGCUUGACCCAAUGGCUUGAUUUUAAGUUUUUAAAUGAUAAAUGGAACCGUUUGGUUAUAGAGGGGGGAAAAAAAAGAUUAGAUGGCUGUUGGUCCUAGAACUGAGUAUUUUUAAAAGUAUUAAAAAGUUGGGCCAAGAAAUUGAAAUACAAUGCGAACAAUCCACGAUGGGGUGUUCUAGUCGAAAUAUGGCUGUUGUUUCUAGCGCAGAAGGCUUCUAAGGCCCCAUGGGUUUGGCAGGCACAGCGGUGGCCAGAAUUCUAGGAAGAAAGUGACAAAUAGGUUGGCAGCCUCGAUGGUUUGUUCUAGAUAAUGGAAUCCUGUCCUACUAUGACUCGCAGGAUGAUGUGUGCAAAGGGAGCAAAGGAAGUAUAAAAAUGGCCGUCUGUGAGAUUAAAGUCCAUUCAGCAGACAACACAAGAAUGGAAUUAAUCAUUCCAGGGGAGCAGCAUUUCUACAUGAAGGCAGUAAAUGCCGCUGAGAGACAGAGGUGGCUGGUCGCCCUGGGGAGCUCCAAAGCGUGUUUGACUGACACGAGGACUGCAAAAGAAAAAGAAAUAAGUGAGACCAGUGAAUCUCUGAAAACCAAAAUGUCUGAACUUCGCCUCUACUGUGACCUCCUAAUGCAGCAGGUUCAUACAAUCCAGGAAUUUGUUCACCACGAUGAGAGUCAUUCAUCUUCCAGUGUAGAGAACAUGAAUGAAGCCUCGUCCUUGCUUAGUGCCACCUGUAAUACAUUCAUCACAACCCUUGAGGAAUGUGUGAAGAUAGCCAAUGCCAAGUUUAAACCUGAGAUGUUUCAGCUGCCUCAUCCGGAUCCCUUGGUUUCUCCUGUGUCGCCUUCUCCUGUUCAGAUGAUGAAGCGUUCCGCCAGCCACCCUGGUUCCUGCAGUUCAGAGAGGAGCAGCUGCUCCAUCAAAGAAGCAGCCUCUGCCCUUCACCGACUUCCUCAGCGCCGCCGCAGAACCUACUCGGACACAGACUCCUCCAAUGAUGUUCCCCCUGAAGACCCAGAGAGACCUCUUCACUGUUCAGGAAACACACUUAAUGGAGAUUUGGCAUCAGCAACCAUUCCUGAAGAAAGCAGACUUCUGGCCAAGACCCAGUCUGAAUCUGAAGAACCUCUUCCACCCUUCUCCUGAGGAAACGGACACAUCCCGCCUCCUCUGAGUGUUGCUAUGCAAAAGCUGCUGUAAUUAAACUCUUUCUGGGGUAGCUUCCCCUCUCCUUAGGAUUUCUCUGCACUUUAUAGAAUAUUGUAAACAAACAACCCACAUACUUUUGAAGUGUAUUUUAUCUUUCUAUAGUUUACUUGCAAGAGUAUUUUCCUAAUAACUUCACAGUAUGAAUGUGCAUCUUUUCUUUUUUUUUAAACAAAUGAUGGUGUAACAUUUUGACAUCCAUAAGGACAAAUGUAGAUAUUUUUCUAAAAAACUGUGAGGGACUGACAACUUGGUCAGUGUGUAUUGUAGCAUAUAAACAUGAAAUCUCGCCAGGUUUGUUUGACAGAAAUGUGAUAGAUGAGACUUGUGCCAUGGACCAAAAGGUCACUUCACCCCAGCCUCAAAUUAAUUACCAUAGCAGCCUGAUGACGGUUUGAUCAUAUCCCUUUAAGCAAAGACAGGAAAUACUUAAUGUUCUGAAGGCCUUUAGCCCAAAUACCAUGACAUAUUGAAUAUUUAAAAAAGAAUCAGACUCUGCUGUCCUUCGUACGUGAAGCUGACACUACUGGUUUGUCAAUACCAAACAUCAGGUUACAGUGUUUAAUUUUUAUUUAUUUAUUUUCUUACUGCAUUAAAAGAUGAUUAUGUCCUGACUUUUAUGACCUUCCCAAUUUAAAAUGUAUAUGCAUUGUUCUAAGAGAGGCAAGUGUCUCAGUGACCUCGUUCACAUACACCAGAGAAAUAAAUGGCUUUCAAUGGAAAAGGAUUUUAGUGCUUUUUUUUUUUAAAUAGGCAUUAAGCUGCUGUUGUAAGGUGUGAUUUGCAGCUUUUUGGCAUAUCUAGAAACAUUUUUAAUUUAUGAAUAUUUAUACAAAAGAGUAAUCCUGUUAAGAAGACUGUUCUAUAUCACUUGAGAAUAGCAUUAUUUAAUUAAAGAACAGUUUGCAUUUUUUGGUAGUGCCUGUCAUAUUACCACUGUUUGCCCUGUAAUUUGUUUUUCUUUUAAGUCACUUUGGGGUGAUGAUCUUAUCCCAGAAUUUGAAUGAACAGCACUUUAACAAAAACUGGCUGUGUGUUUUUUUAAGUUAGUCAGUCAUAUUUAAUAAAUGUGGUUUUUACAUUCAAA